AUGGCAAACAGAAACAUCAAUGCACAAGUCAAACCCCUACUUCCUCAAAACAAUCAUCUCCCAGUCCCCGGCCAGCGAAAUGUUCUAGUUACUAGUGCCCUCCCUUAUGUCAACAACGUACCCCAUCUGGGCAACAUCAUCGGAAGCGUUCUAAGCGCCGAUGUCUUUAGUCGGUACAACAAAGCGCGCGGCCGUAAUACCCUUUAUGUCAGCGGAACAGAUGAGUACGGAACGGCGACCGAAACUCGUGCGCUCCAGGAGGGUGUCACUCCGAAGGAGCUCUGCGAUAAAUACCAUGUGCUGCAUAAGCAGAUAUAUGAUUGGUUUGAUAUUGAUUUUGACUAUUUUGGUCGUACCACUACGGAGAAGCAGACCGAGAUCUCUCAGGAAAUCUUCAACAGUCUGCACCGGAAUGGGUUUCUAGAGGAACAAACGGCUCUGCAGCCUUAUUGUCAGGAGCACAAUGCCUUUCUAGCCGAUAGGUUCAUCGAAGGGACUUGCCCUCGUUGCCAAUACGAUGACGCGAGAGGAGACCAGUGCGACCAGUGUGGUAACCUCCUCAGUGCAUUGGAUCUAGUCAACCCACGCUGCAAGCUCGAUGGCGCGACUCCUACCCCAAGAGAAACAAGCCACCAGUAUCUACGCUUGGAAAAACUAGAGGCACAAGUUGGAGGUUGGUUCUCCAAGUCUCAAGGCUGGUCCAAAAAUGGUGCUCGUAUCACUGAAGCUCUGUUGAAGGAGGGCCUCAUACCCCGCCCUAUCACGAGGGAUCUGAAAUGGGGCACACCCGUACCAUUGCCUGGAUAUGAGAACAAGGUACUUUAUGUGUGGUUCGACGCCUGCAUCGGGUACAUCUCGAUCACAGCGAACAAUACUCCUGACUGGGAAAAGUGGUGGAAGAACCCCGACGAGGUGCAAUUGUACCAGUUCAUGGGCAAGGAUAAUGUCCCUUUCCAUUCCAUUGUGUUCCCAUCAAGUCUGCUUGGUACUGGGGAAAAAUGGACCAUGUGCCAAUAUCUCGAUGCCACCGACUACCUCAACUAUGAAGCCGGUAAAUUCUCCAAGUCAAGAGGUGUUGGCGUCUUUGGCAACGAUGCUGCCUCUACUGGUAUCAGUGCGUCUGUCUGGAGAUACUACCUUCUAUCAUCUCGUCCCGAGUCGGGGGAUACACGGUUUGAUUGGACGUCGUUUAUGUACAAGAACAACUCGGAGCUGUUGGCCAAUCUGGGUAACUUUGUUAACCGCUUGAUCAAGUUUACCAUCAAGCACUUCAACGGCCAUGUCCCAGACUAUCGCUCUGGAGCUAGCGAUGAAUCAUUCGUUUCAUUGAGCAAAGAUGUCAAUGAGCUCCUGGCGAAGUACCUCGACAACAUGGAAGGUGUACGUCUUCGCGCAGGUCUGGAAGUAGCAAUGGCUAUCUCUUCGCGGGGUAACCUAUACCUCCACCAGAACACGUUUGGAUCAGCCAUGGUUACGGAAGAUCCUACCCGAGCUGCUUCGGUGGUAGGACAUGGACUCAACCUUGCGUACCUACUAUCGGCGUUAGUCUAUCCUUUCAUGCCAGCUAUUUCCACUGAAAUCGCAGCUCAACUCAAUGCGCCCCUUCGGACCAUCCCUGACAACUGGAUUGGGGACGAUCUACUCCCGGGACACGUUAUCGGAGAACCCAAGCACCUGUUCCGUAAGAUCGACGAGAAGAAGACCGAGGAAUGGCGGGAGCGCUUUGGUGGAGCAGACACAGAAGAUGGCACGAAGGACCAGAAGAAGGUUACUAAGAAGAAGGUUUCAUCAGAUACCAAGAGGCCCUUCUUACCAGCCAUGAUUGACCUUCGAGUUGGCAAGAUUCUACGAGCCGAACCACAUCCAAAUGCGGAUAGUCUUUAUGUUUCAACAGUUUCCUGCGGCGAUGCACCCAGUACACCAAACACAAGCUGGAACGAAGAGUUCGGCACUACAGUCCGAACAGUGUGCUCUGGCCUUGUCGGAAAGAUCCCUCUUUGCGAUCUACAAAAUCGUGCAGUCGUGGUCGUGGCCAAUCUCAAGCCUGUCACCAUGCGAGGCGUCAAAUCAGCAGCCAUGCUUUUGGCCGCAAUUGAUGAGCCUACUGUCGAAUUAGUUGAUCCUCCUACGGAUGCUGAGGUUGGAGAGAGGUUGAACUUUGAAGGAUGGCAGAGUUGCACUCCUGAUGCUACGUUGAAGCCUAAGGAGAAACUUUGGGAGACGCUUCAAGUGGCUUUGUCGACGAAUUCCGACCGUCAAGUAGUUGUGUUGCCGGACAAGAUCACUGCUGUUGUUCAACCUUCAGCGUUUAAUGGAGGUAGUAGUAGUAGAUUGGUGAGCAAGAAUGGUUCGUCUUGCUCGGUCAAGACAUUGGAGUCUGCUGUUGUCAGAUAG